AUAGGCUUUAUCGCCGUCAACAGGAAUAACCACACUAAGAUAUUGCAUUGUGGUCAAGUCAAUGCAAUAUCACUUGCGGUUUAGGUAGCCAAGUGUUAGACAUUUGCAAAAAACGAAUGUGAAAGGUUAAAUUAGUUCAAGAAUCAACUGUCUGUUGCUGUAGAAGAUGUGUAAUCUUUUCUCAUAUUUUGCUAUUCUCUAACCUACCAUGACAAUUCUUUGACCAGAGAGCCUACAAACCAUCAGCUAUUAGUUAUGUUUAUCAUCUUCAUUAUGGGAUGUUUGGUGCCAUCAGCAUACGCUCUUGGUGCCACAGAUGUGGUGCUGCCCUGUUUCUUUGUGGAGGAGGGAAGGGGUGGGCAAUUUAACCGCACUCCUGCAACGCUGGUCCUCAGGGACCUUCCUGUCGAUAUCGACUCUGACUCCGCUCUGGACUCUGUGACACCGCCGGAGAAGCCCAGCGCAGAUGACCUCAUCUUUGAAGUGAAAGGUUCUUCAGUGGAGAUCCCAGAUGCUGACACCCUUCUCCAUGCUAAUUAUCGCUGUGAGAUCAGCCGCUACAUCCCCCGUGGCUCGGACCCUGAUGCUCCACCCUCUCACUUCAUUGGUUACCUGCAGGUGGAGGGGGGCGGCAUCAGCCUCACCAUGGUCCUGCAGGUUUUAACCAAUGAAACUGUGCCUCUGAUACAAAGCAAGCUGGAACUCCCUCUAAGCCAAUCAGGGACUCUGCUCACAGAGGUUGUGUUUGUGGUGUUCUCUCGCUCGCCAUCCCUUUCUGCUCCACUGGGGGGCGAUGCUCAGCUGGACUGUGGCUUCAGGCAGAAGGACUCGUCCCCCGUAGGUGAGAUCGGGCUUGAGUGGUGGCUGCAGUACAGAGGAAAUGGUCGGAAAGUCCUGGAGAUGAGCACAGUUGCGGAGGGGGAAGGGGAGGAGGCGGGGCCCACUGUGUCUCCUGGGCGGGACGGGGCUAGCAUUGAUCCUGCCCUGGCGGUGGAAGAGGGUAAUGUGUCUAUAAGCCUCACAAAGCUCAAAGUGGUCGAUGAAGGAACAUACAUUUGUACUGUCACUUCUGGGAUGUUCCAAACCCAACAGAUUGUCCAGUUACAGAUUACCCAGCCUCCGACAGUGUCUCUCUCGGAGGAGAUGGUGGUAUAUCAAGAUGAGCCGGCCCAGAAACUCAGCUGCCACUGCAAGAGCUACUACCCUCUUGAUGUGCAGGUCGAGUGGCUGUCACUCAGCUCCUCGGAGGCAGAGCCCAUCGAGAUCACGGAUGGGGCGUCCCUGUCCAGCCACAGGCAACACUCCGACGGAACUUACUCUAUCACCGCCCACCUGAUGCUCUGCCUCUCGGCACACCCACCUGGGACCUCCGUCACCUGUAGGGUUACCCAUCAGGCCCAGAGUGCGGAGGUCAAUGUUUGCACCAUUGUUCGCCUCGCCCCUGAGAAAGAUGGCAAAACUACCCAAGCCAAUCACUGACAAGAUGCGCAUUCAUGAGAAUUUCAAUUGCACAGGAGAGAGGGGGAAGGAGCAGCAAGCUAGCUCUCUUUUUUGACAGAGGUGACGUUACCCAACAUCACUUAGAGCACCUUUAAUUGAUACGAACAAUUGAUCGAUUCAUACAACAAUUUAUAUGAAUUAAUCUUCAACUAUGUUCCACUUUGUGCAGAGGAGAAUGUUUGAACUUUGACUGUAACAUCUGUAAUGCUUGAAUGAAGACCAUACUUGAAUAUCCAACUAGGGUCAAAGAUAUAGCAUAAAACCUAAAACUUAAAGGAACAGUAUGUAGGAUUUUGGCCAAAACUGGUACUGCAAUCACUUUCAAAAUACUCUUUUCCCACAGCAGUGUAAAUUCUUUGAAUAAAACUAUCUUCUGACAUUUGUUUCUUGUUGAAAUGACAAAUGGCCUUCUAAUAUGCCAAAUGAUGGCCUGCUACAGUAUGUUAUGAUCAAAAUA